UGACUGUGACACUUCCUGAUACACCUGGCCAGGUGAACAACAACAGCACCGAGUAAAGAGACAGUGUGUCACAUUAAAACCUCCUUUAGCAUGAGAACACACAGACUAUAGUGAUGGCUGAUGGUAUGAAGACUCAGCUGGUGAGCGCCAUCCACCUGCAGGAGGUGGAACUGCAGGAGAAGCCUGCAGACAAACCGCAGGACUGCGAGAACAACAACAACAGCCGCGACGUUUCACAUGUGGAAGAAGCCGUGGAAACAAAUCGGCUUCGGAUCGCCUUUCACACUCUGUUCGUCAUCAUGGGGAGCUCCAACAUAGUGGAAGCGAUGGAGAUUAUGCUGUUGGCCGUAGUUUCUCCUGAGAUUCGCUGUGAGUGGCGUCUGGAAGACUGGCAGGUCGCUCUCGUCUCCACAUUUAUUCCUGAGUCGGCUCGGUACAACGUGUCAGCAGGAAACAUUGAGGCGGCUGUUAAAACUCUGCAGAAGAUCGCUAAAAUGAACCGAGCUUCUCUCCCUCCUGGACGACUGGUGGAACCGGCUGUGCAAGAGAGGGGCAGCUGGAGGAUUCUUCUCAGUCCAUCAUUCAGGAGGACGUCUUUACUGCUCUGGUAUUCAUGGUUCGUGGCGUCCUUUGCGUACUAUGGCUCGGUGCUGAGCAGUUCGGAGCUGUUGGAGAAGAACUUGUUGUGCGUGACGGAUGCAGAUCGAGAGCAUCAGGUCAAACACCGCCACGAGGACGGACUGUGUUACUGCAUCCCCUUCGCAAUGAAUGAUUACCAGACGCUGCUCAUCAGCUGCCUGGGAGAGGUCGCACUGAUCCCACUCAACAUCUGUCUGCUAAACGUGAUCGGACGAAAGAUGAGCCUGACGGUGCUGCAGCUGAUUUCUGCAAUUUUGUUCAUGAUGCUCAACAUCUGCACCACAAUGUUUGGGUUCACGGUUCUGCUGUUCCUGCUCCGGUCUCUGGUCUCCAUGAACUUCAAUGUUGUUUAUAUUUACACCGCUGAGGUGUAUCCCACUGCAGCUCGGUCUCUGGGGAUGGGUUUCUGUACCUCGUUCAGUCGUAUCGGAGGAAUGAUUGCUCCGUUCAUAGCUCAGGUGCUGAUGUCUCAGUCGGUGAUUCAGGCUCUUAGUCCAUUCGCUGUGGCCUGUGUGGUCUGCGCUCUGGGAAACUUUCUACUACCUAUAGAAACUAAAGGACGAGCUCUGCUGCAAAGCUCCUGAUGACGUCUACAAACUGUUACCUGUUUGAGUGUAAAUAUGUUACUGAUAUCAUCUGAAUUGAAUAAUUUAUGAAUUAAAGCUGGUUAAUUAGAGCCAGUUAUUACAAUUGUUUGUACUUUUUACUGUCACGUAAGUUUUACGUAGUGCACUUUUUAAAUGUCAGGAAAAUGUGUGAGACAAUCACAAAGCUAAACAAAUAUCUUGUUUUUUUUGGUUUACUGGAAUCACAUAAGAAGUCAUAAUAAGCAUUAUUAUUACAUACCUCCGUUAAAAGUGCAAGAAGAAGUAGUUGUAUUUUCUGGUCAGUGUCAUUGUUACAGCGACCACUAGAGGGAGCCCCACUGAAGAGUUGAUUCUGCUUUUAUAUGAAGUUUCUAUGUUUCAUAAGUGACAAUAAGAGACAUUUAUUGUUUUACAGUACAUUUAUAUGUG